AUGUCGCACCACCAUCCCGACGUUGAGAAAGAUCAUGCCGGCAGUGAUUCUGUCAAUGGCAAUACCAAAUAUGACCUUCACCAUGAUCACCAUGACGAAGACACUGCCUUGAGGAGACUUCGGACGGCAGGAAGCAUUUCCAUCACUCCUGAGCUCUUUGAAAAGAUCUACCUCUCUCCCAAGAAUCAGGUAUCGAACAAUAUUCGAUCAACUGUUGGUAACCCAACACCUCUUGCUUUGGUCGGCUUUCUACUUUCCCUUACUCCUCUGUCGAACGUUCUACUGGGCUGGCAAGGCUCUGGCGGCUUAGGGUCCGCUGAAGUCGGCGUCUAUUACUUCUUCGGUGGUCUCCUGAUGACCUUGGGUGCGGUCUUGGAGUUUAUUUUGGGCAACACAUUCCCCUUCGUGGUUUUCGGUUCUUUUGGUGCCUUCUGGCUUUCUUUUGGAGCCACUCUGACUCCUUACUUCAACGCGUCAAUUGCCUAUGCUCCAGACACCCCAGCAACGGCUUCAAGCGACCCAGUCUUUGCCUCGACAUUUGCAUUCUUCCACGUUUAUAUGGGAGUUCUAUGCUUCGUCUACAUGGUUGUGUCACUCCGAACCAACAUUAUCUUCUUCUUGAUCUUCGCAACACUAGUCGGUGCAUUCGGCUGUCUAGCUGGCUUCUUUUUCUCCAUCGGAAACUCGGAUCCCAAUCUCACCCUCCAACACGCUGCGGGAGGUCUCACAUUCGUCACUUGUUUACUGGGAUGGUAUCUAUUCUUUGUACAACUGCUCGCGGCUGUCGACUUCCCUCUCAAUCUACCAGUCGGUGACUUGAGCCGAUUCAUCAAGGGAGCCAGUGAGCGAGCCAAGGGCGAGUAG